AUGAAGCCAAAAGGACAAAGCAAAGGAGUCAGCGAAUGGUUUGUCCGCUUGAUGAUCCUCACGCUCGGUUGGGUGCUUGGAGUCUUGACAUGUUUUCGAAAUAGCAGUAUGAAUAACAGUGCAGGUGCUAUUGCUGGCGGGCCUCGUACAACAACUUCAACGGCCUGCUCUUCGACAGCACUUUGUCAGCCAUCCUCAACAAUGGUGACAGCAGUGCCCAUAGUAGGAUCAGAAGCAGCGUCUCGUCCUUCCAGCAGAAUAAGUACUGAAGACACUGCUACUCGUGAUGCCGCUACUACUACCACUACUACUGCUACUACCACUACCACUACCACUACCACUACUACGAUACAACCUUUGGAACAUUCGAGCCCGCAUUUCAAAGCCAACUAUCGACGCAAGACGACCACAGUUUCCAUUCUCACGGACACUGCCAAUCCCUUUCACCGAUACCUGUCCGUCCUUGGGUCCAUGGAUACUUCCAAACAUUCCGAGAUUCCCCUGUGGAACUCGUGGAUCCAUUAUUUGGAACCUUAUCACAAUCACAUGGCAAGAUUUCGCAAUCGGCAAGGCGUCGUCUUUAUGGAAAUUGGGGUUCAAAGUGGAGGAAAGAUUCCGUUACUGCGCAAAUAUUUUGGUCCUGGUUUUCAAUAUGUUGGCAUUGAUAUCAAUCCCUCCACAUUGCAGUUUCGGACCCAACCGGAGGACGACUUUUCAGCCUCUAUUGAAAUUGGUGACUCGGCCAAUGCCACCUUUUUGGAGUAUAUUAAAGAGAAGUAUCCUCAUGUCGACAUCUUUUUGGAUGAUGGUGGACACACUAUGGAACAACAAAUUACGGCCAUUCAACAUUUUCUACCGCAUGUCCAACCGGAAGGGGUAUACAUGUGCGAAGAUUUGGGAACCUCGUGGCAAAAGAUCUAUGGCGGAAUCCCCAAUGGCAAAACCAAUAGUCCAAAUCGCAAAUUUAUCAAUGAAACCAUGGUGGGCUUUGUCCAUCAAACCAUGGAUUGGUUCACGGCAUCUACCAUGAGAGGGAGACAUUCUUAUUACGCCCAGGACAUUGAUACGAUUUCCAAUUGCAAAUUCGAUUGCAAAGACUCGGCGGACAAUCCAUGGUGGAAAACCAUACCGAAACAAGUGAAACACAUUCAUUAUUACAAUCAAUUGGUAGUCUUUGAAAAGGGAGUAACCCAACGACCAACUCCUCUGCAAACGGUUGGAACUGAAAUUCCCGUUGGGUACUCGGGGGAAUACGAUCCGAUCAAUUGGAAGAGGAUAUUGACCAAGAUUGACGAGGCUUUUGAGGCUGCCAAUGUGGAAUUUAUAUAA